AAUACACCAAUCCAUUGCGAGGCAAGCGCAAGAAAAUCAAUAUGACACAAGGUAUCGUGGCCCACGAUCUACGCAAGAGCCUGAUUCGCGCGAAACUCUUGAAAGGACCCAAAUCGGUCUUCAAGGAGGUCCACGACAUGGUUGAAGAAGACAUGAAGAAUUCGAGUAGCGACUUUUUACACAGCAUUGAAGAGGCAUGCACGGACAUGUCGCAGAGUCUGCUCCAGCAUUUCGAUGCUUUUUACAUCUUGGAGGGAGAGGUCGAGGAGGAUCAGGUGCGAGAGCAGACGGCGCCUUUGCGCGAGGCUGUGGCACGCGUGCUGAGUGAAUUGCCGAGCGAGGGGAAUGGUGGUGAUGGUGAUCCCCAGGGUACUAACCUCCACGAGGAAGAACAGCAACAGCAACAGGUGAUGGAGACGGAAAUGGGAGAAUUGGAGAAACUGCUCAAGGAGUGCGAGUCUUGGGAGACGCUGUAUCCGUCGGAGCAGCAGGGUUAGGUUAGGUUGGUUGAGGAUGGCACCUUCUGCCCAGAUGAGGCGGCGACGGGCAGCGAACUGAAGAGGCGGCUUGAUGGAAGCAAGCUGCUUCGGGUCAUGCUGGCUGGCUGGCUGUAAUGAGAGACAGGCCCGAGUAGUCUCCUCACGGCAGCCUUGACGUUUAAUAAAAGAGAGAGAGAGAGAAGACCAUGAAAUUUUCGAGGAAGCAUUUCCGGAACGUAAUGCAGAUUCGAUCUAGGCCUCUUUCCAAUCAAAACUUACCUACCUUAAU